AUGCCCGGCCUCAUCCUCCCUGGCUUCUUGCGCCACCCUUCGGGCCACUCCACACACCCGAAGAAGCACAACCGCUCGCUACAUGCCAGCCCGGACGUGUCAGACGGUGAGGGCGAUCACGACCAACGCCACUCCUCGCACCACGCAAAGAAGAUGCCCGACUUGGCCGACGCCGUUGCCAAGGCCAACAAGCGCCUGUCUUUCCCCUUUGGCAAGAAGGAGCAACAGUGCUCAGCACUGAGCCUCGAGUGCGAGCUCGAGAGCCCGCCUAUUGUGCUGCACGGGAACGCCGAGGAUAGCACCGGCGCGCUGCUGUCGGGUCAAUUUGUUGUCGACGUCAAGGAGGACAGCAUCGAGCUGGAAGCCUUUGGCGCCGCCCUCAACCUGCGCGUCACCCACAAGCGGCCCUUUCAGAGCCACUGCAACGACUGCGCCAGCCAAGUUACGGAGAUCAAGCGAUGGAACUUCCUCGCCUCAACGCCCCUGACGAUCCACCGCGGACGACACCUCUUCCCCUUUUCCAUGCUUGUCGAUGGCCACCUCCCCGCCUCGUCCUGCUCCAGCCUCAUGACUGUCGCCUACGAGCUCAAGUCCGACAUCCGCGUCACACCCGAAUGCCUACCGAGCCAGUCGCCCAAGACUAUCAAAUUCGCGCGCCCCAUUGAAGUCAAGCGCUCGAUCCGCCAGGCAGAGCUCCCGCACCACUCUGUGCGCCUCUUCCCACCGACCAACAUCAAGGCCAGCGCGCACUAUCAAACCACCAUCCACCCCACCGGCUGCAAUAACGUCACCCUCAAGCUUGAUGGCCUCAUGUCCCUCAACGAGAAGACAAGGACGCUCGACAUCUGGCGACUCAAGAAGGUCUCCUGGAAGCUCGAGGAGCACACCAAGACCGUCGCCCCUGCGUGCCGGAAACAUCAAGCGCUUCUCGCGCCCGAGGCCGAGACCAACGCCGGCGCCAAGGGCCUGCACCGCCAGCAGGUUCGCCUCUUGGGCGAGAAGCACAUGCACGACGGAUGGAAGUCCGACUUCUCCGGCACGGACGGCUCCGUCGACUUCGAGUUCGACUACACCAUCACCCAGCGUCGCUCCAAGGCAGGUCACCUGAAAUACGCCUGCGACGGCAAGACCGCGGACGGCACGGAGACGAGCCACACCCUCUGUCUCGAGCUCGUGGUGUCCAAGGAGUAUGCCCCAGAGGGCAGGCCCGACCACUCUGCACACACCGGCACAGGCCGCAUCCUGCGCAUGAGCUUCAACGUCGUCCUGACCGACCACCCGGGUAUGGGCAUCAGCUGGGACGAGGAGAGUCCUCCCACCUACCAGGAUGUGCCUCCCAGCCCCCCGAGCUACCUCCAGCCGAUUGACUACGAGGAUGUGCCGAUCACCGAGUACGAAGAUUUGCAGUGCCUAGAGGGCGCGCGGAUCAACGGGGCACCGCCCUCCCGGCGGCCGUCUGGGUCUGCUUGA